ACGCCACGUUGGAAUUUACCGAUUGGAGCUGAAACUGUGCGAGGAAAGGCUGGGAAGAUCUACAAAAGAGUGAUUUUGAUUUACAUUUUCGGUUUACCCUUUAUCCUCUCUGUUGCAUUGAGGAUUAAUCGAUCAAGAUGACGUCCACUUUAGAGCUACCAUGCUAUACCCUCAUUAAUAUGAAUAUGGAUGUAGAGCCGCCUAAUGAGAUGCAACUAAAGACUGAUAUAGAGAAAGGAGACACAAAGACCAAGACUGAAGCUCUGAAGAAGCUUAUCUACAUGAUUCUCAAUGGAGAGAAGUUCCCUGGAAUAUUGAUGCAUGUCAUCCGGUUUCUUCUACCGCUCAAGGACCACACUAUCAAGAAACUAUUGCUGAUCUUCUGGGAGAUUGUUCCAAAGACUCACCCAGAUGGCAAACUCCUCCAGGAAAUGAUCCUUGUUUGUGAUGCAUACAGGAAGGAUCUUCAGCAUCCCAACGAGUUCAUCCGCGGGUCCACCCUUCGUUUCCUGUGCAAGCUCAAGGAGGCGGAGCUUCUGGAACCACUGAUGCCUGCUAUCAGGGCAUGUCUUGAGCAUCGCCAUAGUUACGUCAGGCGAAAUGCAGUAUUGGCCAUCUUUACGAUCUACAAGAGCUUUGAUACGCUGAUCCCCGAUGCCCCUGAGCUUAUCCACAACUUCUUAGAACAAGAACAGGAUGCUUCCAGUAAGAGAAAUGCCUUCAUGAUGCUGAUACAUGUUGAUCAGGAGCGAGCUCUGGACUACCUUAGUACAUGUAUUGAUCAGAUUCAUUCCUUCAAUGAUAUUCUUCAGCUUGUCAUUGUUGAACUUGUCUAUAAGGUCUGUCAUGCUAACCCGUCCGAGCGUGCUAGGUUUAUCCGUUGUAUCUAUAACCUACUCCAAUCGUCCAGCCCUGCUGUCCGUUACGAAGCUGCAGGCACCUUGGUCACUCUGUCUAGCGCCCCCACAGCUGUCAAGGCUGCAGCAUCAUGUUACAUAGAUCUGAUCAUCAAGGAAAGUGAUAACAACGUGAAGCUGAUUGUUCUUGAUCGUCUCAUUGCUCUCAAGGAUACCCCAGCUCAUGAAAAAGUUCUACAGGAACUCGUGAUGGAUAUCCUCCGUGUCCUGUCAGCAUCUGACCUGGAGGUCCGUCGUAAGACCCUAGAUCUAGCCCUAGAUCUGAUCUCAUCCAGGAACAUUGAAGAGAUGGUGCUUGUAUUGAAGAAGGAAGUGAGCAAGACCCAGAACGUCGGAGAGCAUGAGGAUACCGGUAAAUACCGCCAGCUAUUGGUGAGAACUCUACAUUCCUGCAGCGUCAAAUUCCCUGAUGUCGCAGCUACUGUCAUUCCACUGCUGAUGGAAUUCUUGAGCGAUACCAAUGAGCUGGCAGCAGCUGAUGUUCUUGUCUUUGUGCGAGAAGCUAUAGAACGCUUUGAACAGUUGAAGUCUUUGAUCAUCAGUAAACUUCUGGAGGUGUUCCCUACAAUCAAGGCUGUCAAGAUCCAUCGGGCCGCACUCUGGAUCCUUGGUGAAUACUGCACCAGCAUUGAGGACAUUCAGAGUUUGAUGACCGAGGUACGCAACCUGCUGGGAGAGAUCCCAAUCGUCGAUGACGAGAUGAAGAAAGCUGCUGGCGAGGACACUCAAGAGGAGAAUGUCCAAGUGUCUGCCUCUAAACGUCUUGUUACGGAGAUGGGAACUUAUGCCACGCAGAGCGCCCUCAGUGUUGUGUCUACUAAGAAGGAGGAACAAAGACCCGCUUUACGAGGUUUCCUGAUGGAUGGGGAUUUCUUUGUAGGUGCGUGUCUGUCUACAGUUCUCACCAAGCUUGCCCUACGCUAUCUUGACCUCUCCAAGGAUCAAAAGAAACAGAAUAGAUUCCUUGCUGAGGCAAUGUUGAUAAUGGCAACCAUCAUUCAUCUUGGAAAGUCAGGCCUUGCAAAAACGAACAUCACCAAUGACGAUGUGGAUCGCAUCGCCACUUGUCUGAAAGUACUCGCAGAGCGUCAUUCGCUCAUCAGUGACAUCUUCAACACUGAAUGCCGUAGUGCCCUUCAUGCCAUGCUCCAAGCCAAACAGCUGGAGAGUAAAACAUCUGAUAAGGGACUUUUUGACAAGAAGGUCAGCAGCAUUCAGGCGGACGACCCUAUCAACUUCCUGCAGCUACUAGCCAAGGCAGAUACUGGUAGUACAGAGGAUCAGCUUACAAUGAGCUUGACCUUGGCUACCAUGGGGACACCUGCUAAGAAAGAGAUUGCAGAUCUUUCAUCAUCUAAACUCAGCAAGGUGACCCAACUGACUGGUUUCUCCGACCCUGUCUAUGCGGAGGCUUACAUCAACAUCAACCAGUAUGACAUUGUUCUUGAUGUCCUCAUCGUCAACCAAACAGCAGACGUCCUCCAGAACUGCUCCCUGGAACUGGCAACACUUGGUGACUUGAAGCUGGUUGAGAAGCCCCAGCCUAUGACACUGGCUCCUCAUGAUUUUUGCAACAUCAAGGCCAACAUCAAGGUUGCUUCCACAGAGAACGGCAUCAUCUUUGGGAACAUUGUGUAUGAUGUCUCCGGAGCUCAGAGUGACCGCAGCGUCGUCGUCCUGAACGAUAUUCACAUCGACAUCAUGGAUUACAUUGUUCCAGCGACUUGUACUGAUGCAGAGUUUAGAACCAUGUGGGCUGAAUUUGAAUGGGAGAACAAGGUGACCGUGAAUACCAAUAUCAAUGAUCUUCGUGAAUACCUGAAACAUCUGAUAUCCUCGACUAACAUGAGAUGCCUUACUCCUGAGAAGGGUCUUUCCGGGGAGUGUGGAUUCAUGGCUGCCAAUCUUUACGCUCGUUCCAUCUUUGGUGAGGACGCCUUGGCCAACGUGAGCAUCGAGAAACCUGCUUCCUCUGAACCAAAUGCUCCAGUGACAGGGCACGUCAGGAUCAGAGCCAAGAGCCAGGGAAUGGCUCUGAGUAUGGGAGAUAAAAUCAACCUGUCACAGAAGAAAGAUAAAGAUAUGAAAUAAUUACAACUAGAACCAGACAGGAUGGAUGAAUCGCAUGAUAUUUCUCUGACUGAGUUGGCAACUUGAUUUUUUUUUCUUUUGUGUGUGUUUAAAAAUCACAUUUGACUGGUAAAUCAAAGAUUUCUCUGUUAGUAUUGCACCAGCAACUAGAUUUUUUUUAAAUCACACUUUAAAUGUAAAGAAAAUCUCAAUCUGUUGUUGACUUCAUAUUCAUUCGUAUAUCUAAUGACUAGAAUAUUGAUAAGAUUAAGAAUUACGUCUUAUUAUUUAUUAUUACUUAUUUCAUGUAUCCAUUAUGUAUUUGCCUAUUGCAAGGAUAUUUCAAGAGCAUUCUACAUACAUAUAGUUUAACUGUUACUUGUGGCAAUGAGAUGGUCCGUUAUUCUGCAAGCUCAGACUCCUAUUUGACACUUUAACCAAUUAUACCAUGUCUACAAUGAAGACUAGACACCAAACUCUUUUAUUUGUGUAAAUUAGAGUCAGCCGCAGUACAUAGUGAAUCUAGUCUCACUACAGUCUCUGCAUUACGCACUUUGCAAUUGCGAAAAUCAGAGGUCUUUGACUGUAGACUAAUGGUUUGUGUACGGAGCAAUUGGGAAUUACAGAAUCUAGUAGUCAAAACAGAAGUAAUAACAAUAUUCAUAGAUAAAAGUAUAUCACAGAUGUGUUUAUGCUGUUGCUAACCUCUAAGCAAAUUGAAGUUGAUCUAGGGAACAUUCAUGAAACAAAAUAGUCUGUGAGAGAUUUUCACCAACUAUUUGUUAUAAGCUACUGAAAUCAUUGCAUCUGAUUGGCUCACAACAAAUAUGUCGGUGAAAAUCACUGAUGUUGAAUCGUGAAACACUCCCCUAAUCUCUUCCACACCUCCAAACAAAUUGCUCUGGGGAGCAUUUCAUGAAAAAAAAAGAAAUAGUCUGUGAUUGUCACUAUUUGUUAUAAGUUACUGAAAUCAUUGCAUCUGGUUGGCUCACAACAAAUAUGUCAGUGAAAAUCACUAACAACAUUCUCCUGAAACACUUCCCAAUUCUCUUUCACACCUCCAAACAAAUUUAACUCAAUCUGGGUAACAUUUCAUGAAACAAAUACUGGUAGUCUGUGAUUGUUAUAAGCUGCUGAAAUCCUUGCGUCUGAUUGGCUCAUAGCAAGUCCGUUGAUUGAAAUCACUGACUAUAUGGCUUAUGAAACACUCUUCCAAUCUCAUGUUUUCCUGUUGAUGUCAGUGAUACUCUUUUUGUUGAUAAACUUGACCUAGACACCUUAAUAGAGAGUGGUAUUGACAUAUCAGAGCAAAGGGUAGUACUAUCACCUACAUGUAU